GCCCGCAGGCACCUGCCCGCUCUGUCGGUUCUAACUUUCGCUGCCUGUUCCGCGCCCCGAGCACCCUGUCCAGUGCUGCGGCGGGGAUGGAAGCCGCGGGGCCGCGCCGCUGCUAACCGGUACGGCGGGCGGGCGGCCGGGGAGCUGCUGCCGGGGCUCUCCGGCUUCGCCUUGCCUGCCGCUGCUGUUUUCGCUGCCACCUUCGCUGCCCCACUCUGAGCGGGCAUGGAGGUCCAGCUGGGGGUUGGCCGCGUCUACCCGCGGGCGGGCGGCAGGACCUUCCGCGGCGCUUUCCAGAGCUUUUUCCAGAGCGUAUGCGAGGCUUUCCAGGCGCCGCGGGAGGAGCCCGGCGCCGGCCAGCAGCCCCGGCCGCCGAGCCCCCGGCCGCCUUACUCGCCCUCCUGCCUGCCGCCCCAGGAGCCCCGCGACGCCGGGAAAGCGGUGCCGGCAGGCGGCCCUGCCGUGGGCUCGCCUUUUCCCUGCUCCGGCGAGAUGAGGGAGCUGCUGGGCGAGACGGGCGCGAUGCCGCUGCCGGCGGCGCCCGAAGCCGAGCCGGCGCCCAAGGAGGACCCGCUGGGCGACAGCGCCAGGCAGCUCUGCAGGGCCGUGUCUGCCUCCAUGGGCCUGGCCCUAGAGGCACCGACCGAGCCGCUGACCCGUGAGGACUGCAUGUUCGCGCUGCCCGCCGGGCCGCCCCGUACUCCUCGCCCUGCCGGUGGGGACCCGCCGCAGGCACCGCCCGCUCCGGCCGCCUUCGCGGGCGCCGGGGCUGCCCUGGCCGUCGAUGUCCCCGCCGGGCCGGAGCUCUGCCACGGCUCGCCGGAGCCCGCAGCGCGGCCGGCCCCCGUCCUCCGCCUGCCGCCGCACGCCCGCGUCAAGCUGGAGAGCCCGCCGGGGCCGGCGGCGGGCGGCAGCUGGGGCAACGUGUGCCGCUACGGCACCGAAAUGGCCCCUCCGGGCCCCGCGCCGCCCUGGCCCGCCUUUCUCACCGAGGAGGGGCCGCUGUACGGGCCCUGCGCCGAGCCGUCCGCCGGGCCCCUCGGUUGCGGCCGCGGGCUGGCCGCAGACACCGCCGGCUUCCCCGCCGACACCUGGUACCCGGCGGGCCGGGCGCCUUUCGCCGUCCCGGCCGCCUGCAUCAAGAGCGAGCUGGAGCCCUGGGCCGAGGGCUACGCCGGCGCCUACGGCGAUGUCCGGUUGGAGACUGGCCAUGAACAUGUCUUGCCCAUUGACUAUUACUUUCCACCUCAAAAGACUUGCCUGAUCUGUGGAGAUGAAGCAUCUGGGUGCCAUUAUGGAGCCCUCACUUGUGGUAGCUGCAAAGUCUUCUUCAAACGGGCGGCUGAAGGUAAACAGAAAUACCUUUGUGCCAGCCGGAACGACUGCACCAUCGACAAGUUCAGGAGGAAAAACUGCCCGUCCUGCCGCCUGCGGAAGUGCUAUGAAGCUGGGAUGACUCUUGGAGCCCGCAAGCUGAAGAAGAUGGGCAACCUGAAGACACAAGAUGAAGUGGAGGCAGCCAGCUCAUCCAGCCCCACAGAAGAGCAAGCUCCCAAGAUGGUGAUGACGCGCAUUGAUGGGUAUGAGUGCCAGCCCAUCUUCCUCAACGUCCUGGAGGCCAUUGAGCCUGGUGUGGUGUGUGCUGGCCAUGACAACAGCCAGCCGGACUCCUUUUCCAACCUGCUGACCAGCCUGAAUGAGCUUGGGGAGAGGCAGCUGAUCUAUGUGGUCAAAUGGGCAAAGGCUUUGCCAGGAUUUCGCAACCUGCAUGUGGAUGACCAGAUGUCAAUAAUCCAGUACUCUUGGAUGGGCCUUAUGGUGUUCGCUAUGGGUUGGAGAUCUUUCACCAACGUCAAUUCCAGGAUGCUUUACUUUGCUCCAGAUUUGGUCUUCAAUGAGUACCGGAUGCACAAAUCCAGAAUGUACAGCCAAUGUGUCAGGAUGCGGCACCUCUCUCAGGAGUUCGGGUGGCUUCAGAUCACACUGCAGGAGUUCCUCUGCAUGAAGGCUCUACUCUUCUUCAGUAUUAUUCCAGUGGAUGGCCUGAAGAACCAGAAGCUCUUUGAUGAACUUCGAAUGAAUUACAUUAAGGAACUUGACCGUAUCAUUGCUUGCAAGAGGAAGAACCCUACCUCCUGCUCUCGGCGAUUUUACCAGCUCACCAAGGUCCUGGACUCCGUGCAUCCUAUUGCCAAGGAUCUGCAUCAGUUUACAUUUGACCUUUUAAUUAAGGCACAUAUGGUGAGCGUGGACUACCCUGAAAUGAUGGCUGAGAUCAUCUCUGUGCAGGUUCCCAAGAUCCUGUCUGGAAAAGUCAAGCCUAUCUACUUCCACGCACAGUGAUCUUCCGGAAGGACCUCCCAGUUCUGCCACCCCCAUUUCAGCAAUCUCCUGCCAGUUUUUUCUGCACUACUGUACUGCAGUGCCUUGGGGAAUCCCCUCUACAGGCGGUGUGCCGGGAGGAUGGACAGUGACAAACAGCUACCUGCUGGGAUUCCCGAGAUUUCUGUUUUUCGUGAGGUACCUCUUGAACUGAGCUACCUGCCUCAGCUUCUGCCUGGAUUUGGCUGGCUCGCCGUGCUGGGACAGGGGACUGUGACACGGUGGCAGCGGCACCGUGCCUGUGCUCUCUCAGUUGUGCGUUUUCCACAGUGACUUGCGGUGGUCCAGGGCCACGAGCGAGCAGGAGAAAUGCCAGCGGUCGUUGGGUUCGGUGUUUUUUUUAAAGAAGAAACAGGACAAGACAAGAAGCAGGUUGAGCCUGUAAGUGUGGGUGUGGGUUGCUUUACUGGCCUUCUUCAGGACUUUUAAAUCGCAUUAAUGGUGCUGGGAAGCAGAUGAGUUGAAAUAUUGCAGUAGAGAAACAGAGAAGAGCUGGGGGAUGAGAUGAACUUGCAGCCUGGUGACUUGGCAGGGCCUGCUGCUGACACAGAGCCACCAUGCAGCUGCUGAGGGGUCUGCUCUGGACUGCAUGCCUGCCUAUGCAGCAUCAGUAUUAGCUGAUGGAGCGUUACAGGGUGUCAGCAAAAGGGUUGGAGAGGAAGGUGACCUUCCCGAAGUCCCAAAGGUGACAAAUGGCUACUGUUUACCACCUGGGAUGGUUUUGCUAUGUCCAGCCAAGCUGGGUCUUGGUCUGCCCCGCAGACUCCCAGGCACUCAGCAGUCACAUUCCCAUCCUCGAUAGCUGCUGCUCCUCCAACACAGCCGUACUCGCUUCCGCAAGUGCCUGACGUUCUCAGACCUUAUGCUUCCCCCUCCACCCGUGGGCAGCUGGGGCCCCUACCCAGCCCCUCACCAGCUCUGCUCCCGCUGGGUGUCCCCAGGCCCUGGGUUUCCAUCUACAUCACUUAUUUCCCAUUUGUCCCAACCAUUCUUUCUGAUGCCAGCAGACGAGCACGCCAGGAGCAAAGCAGCGGGGCUGGGAUCUGCAGGACCUGUGAGGCUACAGGAUUCCUGCUGUCAAUCCCGUCCUUCGGGAGGUGGCUGUGACGACUGCCUGGUGCUGCUAUGGCACUGCAGGGACUUACAAAAGAAACGCUGAAGAGACCUUCUGCCCUUCUAAGCAGUGCGCAUGGCCCCUGCUGACUGCAGUGGUUGAUUGCAGCCUGGGGGACGCCAUCCCAAGCACACCGUCCCAUGUGCUUCACCAGUCCACAACAGCCCAACGUGGCAGUGGCAGAGCCCAGGCCACAGGCGGAUGCAGCACAGGCUGCAGCUCCACAGUGAGGAUGGAUAAAUGCGCCCUGGCUUGACGGGUGGUUGGUCCACAGCCAGCAAAGAGCAAAGGCUGGGUGGUCUGCAGCUGCUGGUGGUCCUCAGCCGUCAGGAGUACCUUGAGAAAUGCAAGGCUCGGUUUGUCAGGCUUGACUGUUUCAUACCUCAGGUUCAGAAGGGAGCACAGGCCCAUUCGAUGCCCGUGUUCUGAUUUAUUUGGUGGGCUCAGUCUCCCACACAGUGGCCAAGCCUGCAUUCCCCAUUGUAUUUCAGUUCCCUCUUCCUGCACAGCAUGAGCACACCGGAACUGAUCAGACACGUCCCCCCUGUGUAAUAUCAGCUGCUUGUCUGUGUCGGGUGUCUUUAAAAGCAAAGGGAAUGAGGUUGCAGACAGUUGAUUGCCACACACGUGUUGUGCAGUAAACAGCACUAAUGCCUGCGCUGCUUGGACCAUUCAGGAGCUGAGCAUCGCCAUCAGCUCUUCAGGCAGACGCCCUCACGGUACUUCUGGGUUCUUUGUAAACUCUCAGUAAAGCAAACUUAUUUUACUGAGACACUUUUCAGUCACGCUGUGGGAUUUUCAUUAAGGGAAGGGGUAGGAGUAAAGCCCUUAAAACUAUUGAAGGGGAGGAGCUAUCUUUACAGUUGUUUGUGAUGGGUUUUCCUCCCCUGCUAGAUAUGGCUUCCACUUGAAACCCCUUCGUGUGGAUGGCAACAGAAUCCUUACCUAACCUUCCUGAAUGCCAGCCAGGAGGGCGGUGUUCUGAGUAAGCUUCUAUUUUAGAGGGCUGCAAGCAUUUUAAAUGUUAAUAUGAUCUACUAAUAUUUGCAAAUGAACUGGUAAAAAAUCCUGCUGGUGCACUUCUCUCUUCCUGAACAUUUUCUGCAGAAAGCAGAAGGGCACAGUGAACAGCUGGCUGGGUACUCUCUCAUCAAUGGUUAGGAUGUUUAGGAGCAAUCUCAAGAGCUCCUUUGGAGAGCUCUAUAUUUUGCACAAGCUCUUGUCAGUGAAGUUUUCAUUAGUUAAUGAGUGGAGGUAUCCUGCUAGGUACUCUUCUGCUGGGAGAUUGGAAAGAAAUCAAGUUUAAUAGGGAUUUGCAUACACCGGUGUGCUAGUGGAAGCACAAUGCAAAUGAAUAGCAGUUUAGAAGGGGAUGCUGCCUGUGCAUCAUGUGCUGGAUGCGUGCAGCUCGUGAGUGGUCAGGUUUGAUGUGUGAUGGGGCAGGAGCUUGGGUGAGGUGCCCCCGGCCAGUGGGCAGGAGCCAGCCAGGCUGUCACCAGUGAGCACCCCAGGGCUCCACUGUUCUCGGGUGGGCACCGGCUUUACGUUCUUUGUCUCUUCAGCAUCAAAGCAAUCUUCUGCAGCUUUUACAUUCUGAAGUUGACUUCUUAUGACAUCGUUAGAGUGGUGACUGGAGGGUUCAGGAACUGGGAUCGGGAGCAACUGUGCGUGUUUGCAGGGGGAGUUAACACUUCCCUUGUUUGUUUUCAUGGACUGCUGCAGGAACUGCAUCAAAAUGAGGCUUAAGAAAUACCAAAGUCCAGAUCCUGUCAUCUAUCUGUACUUUAUGUUCUCUUCUGCAUUUUCUUGUCUUCUUUUGCUUUAAUAAAGCAAUGAAAAUUUCACCAUCCUCACAAUCAUGUCAGUGCUGUCCCUGAGGCUUCCCUUGGGAUGGCAGAACCCCUGGAGGGGGGACCCCUUUGGCCUCGCUGAUUCCAAAUCCCACCUCAGAUUCACCGAGGUAGAUACCAAGUGAGUCGGCCCUGCAGAGGGGAGGCAGGAUGCUCGCCACCUUCACCACCCCGUGCUCCUUUUGUUGCUCUGUUGGGGUCACUGCCAGUGUCUGCAGGGAUGCUGAGGUGGUACCUGAGGUGACCACUGCCUCCCAUCAGCUGGGCUCACUGCCCUCCCCUGCCACGUCACCACCAGCACAGGUCCCUGCAGCAACCUGUUCCAUCAGCUGCUGCUCCGCUUGCUGAGCUCUCUCCCUAGAUGUUUCAAUGCCAUAUGUUAAAUGUACAUAUAUACUAAAAUAAAAGCAUGCCCCACUUUAUAUUGCUAAAGAGAUCUAUUUAAUAUAAUGCUCUAAGGGAGUUUCUUUUCUGAUUGCACACUGCAACUAACCACUCUUCAGGAGACGAGUCAGUGUAUGCCAGUAAUAAUGGAAACAUUCAAUUUAAUGUUUUUUCUGGUUAGGUAUUGCCCAGUUUUCAAAGGUCCAUCUGUUCAUGGCAGGAAUGGGGCAUACACUGGUGUAGUCUGGUGUCGGUAUCUGCUUCUCCAGCUUUCUUGUAGCUGAGACAGGCGUAGUGUUUGCACUUGAGGGACAACAGAGUGUCCUUUGUUUCUGCCCUCUUUGACUGCACAGGGUCUUUGCACUUUUGGGCAGAAUCCUGGAAUUACGGCGUGGUAGCUGUUUUCUCACUCUUUCAAAGUAGACUUCUGGAGGCGCAGAAAGCCUUUCACGUGCCGUAAGGACGGGCCAGGUUGUGCUCAGCACUGUCAUGACCCAGUGCCCAGCCUCAAAUGACACGGAGUUCCUGGAGAAUGGCUGUUGGGCAAGAUGCCCCUGUGUCUGAGGGACAGGCAGAGGUCACCAGUGCUGCCUGCUGGGAUCCGGGGCAGGUUGUGGUGUGGCAGCAUGGAGCUGGAGCUGCUCUGCACCCACCUACUCCCAUGCAACACGGAGGGGCUUAUGCUCAUUCCCUUUAGAAAUGGCAGGGGAACCUGCAUUUGUGAUUCAGAAAGUAAACAUCUGCACCACACAUAAAACCACAGCAAAUCUAUAGUGAGCUGCUCUCUGUGCUGGAUAUUUUGUGUUCUGUGGCAAUUUUGUGCUGGUUUUAUUUGUUAACACGUCUGUAAUGAAAAGAGUUCUCUAUAUUGAUAUAUUUUAUUUUCUUUGUAAUAAGCCAAAAAAGCUCAUUGCUGGUGCCUUUUUGCCUGGGGAGGACUCCCAGCCCACAGCUAUAUUCAUGAAUGUAACAAAGCAUAAUGUCUCUGCAAUUGCUUGUUUCACCAUAGCUGAGUAGAGUCAUGGAGCAAACACUGCAGGAUUACCAAAAGAAAAAGCUCAAGUAGCCUACAGAAUGGGCAGAAAGACUCUUCAGCUACAAUAAGGGUUAUUUCCCCAGGCAUGGUUCCAAGGCGAGGGCUGAGCUUUCAGCUUCCUCCUGUGUGUGACACAGAAGUCUGUGCCCUGGUGGGACAUUGCUGCGUUGCGAACCUUUAGCCUCUGCAAGUCAUGCAGUGAGGCCAAAGCAUACACAUAUCACUUUAUUGCGGCUGCAGCCAUAUUACGGUUGCAGCGUUUUUUCAGUCACCUUUCAGAAAUGGCAGGAUUUUGCCCAAAUCAGUGGCGUCUGAGGCCAAAUUCUGCUUCUAGAGAAGGACGGUAGUUGGACUGUUGCCUCUGUUUUGUUUUGUUUUUUAAAUUGGAACUGAAUGCUUUGAAUAAGGCAAAUGGAGACUUACAACGUUACGUUGGCAAGAGUGGAGAGCAGUGAUGUCGCUGCCUUGGCCAGCGAGGUGUGUUGGAGGAUGCCCAGGAGAUGACCGUGACUCAGAAGUCACCAUAUGGGACUGAGGGACGUUUAUUCUCAUAGCCAGAGGGAAACCUGCCUGGCAUCCGGGAUAAAGACAACACCAGUUACGCUAGGGGAGAUGAAAACAUUCACUUUUUGACUGGUUUACUCCAUGCUUGGGUCCCACGUGAGCCCUCACCCUGUGCUGUACCACAGAGCAGACCUGCACGCUUGGUGUUCCGCUCUUUUUGUAAUCUUAAAAUCUGUUGUUGUUCUAAGUACAAUAAAGGCAGAAUCUUGUUUCUUGGAACGCUGCUCAAUGUGUGGUUUUUGGCUUUUGUUACAGUUAAUGUGCAUGAAAACCGUUACCCAGUGUGACAAAUACUAGCUGUUGAAGACGCCAGGAGAAAGCAGGUUAUUUUUCAGUGGGUGAGGCUGCAUGUUGGGGCAUUCAUAGGUUGGUUUUCACAGUCAGAUUUUGCUAUUAAUCACAUAUCUGAACUGUUAAUUCAUUUACAUAUCAAUUGAUUAAUCCUUUCAUAUGUGCCUCUUUGGGUCUUUUAAAUUGAAUUUCGUUUGAUUAUUGUAUUUCUCAAAGCAAGCAGCUAAUAAAGGCCAGUGUCCUCCUCC